CAGCAUCCUGUGGUGGUCGGGGGAAAUGAACGUUACCAGGGCGACACUUGAAGGGUGGGGAGAAUAACCUGAAAAUCACGCCCUGCUGCUGAGCUGACCUGCCCGGCACGGACAGCCGCACUCACAUGCAGAUGAGAAAUGCAAUUGAGUCAGGGGAAAUUUGUUUUUGGAGAUGUCCCACGUCCAGUUAUCAACCACGCUAGAGAGGAUGGUGGCCAGGAAGACCUUCCCUCUCCAGAGGCGCACCGGAGUCUGUCGAAACCUCUUCGGACCGGUGGAUCACGACGAGCUGAACCGGGAGAUGAAAGAAAAAUUGCGAGAGAUUUCCGAACGGGACCAGCAGAGAUGGAACUUUAAUUUCGAGGCCAACACCCCGUUGGAAGGGGAUUACGAGUGGGAGGCGGUGACUGCGGAUAAGACCCCGGUGUUUUACCAGGACUCUGUGCAGGACGGCAAAAUCCGAGUGCCCGUGCCCACGUCGGAUUCUGCUCUCCCGGAGAGCCCUCGUGCGGACGCACUGGAUCGCCUGGCCGUGCCAGAGAGCAGCAGCUCUCCUUGCGCGGGGGAGAUCAACCAGGAGAACCGCAUAGACAAGAUCAACUCAGGGAAAGCGACCACCAGGCAGCUCCCGUGUGUCAGGCGCAAGAGAACGGCCGCUCCUGACAGCAACACACACAUCACAGACUUCUACGUGAAACGAAAGAGGCCUGCUGAUAUAAAACCGAGUGACAUGACCGCCUGUCUCCUCUCCAAGUCUCCAAUCCAGGUGGAACAAACUCCGCGGAAGAGGAUCCGUUGAAGGUGUUUUUUUGUUCGCUUUGCACUAUUUUCCUGCGCAUUUUGAGGAUCACGGGAGACUGUUUCUCCACCACCCCGUCAACCGACCCAUCCACUCAAGCAACUGAAACGCAGGAGA